AUGAGGACGAAUAUUGAGCCUACCUUGUUGGAGUUAGCUCGCAAAUACCGUCAAUACAAGUUGAUUUGCCGCAGUUGCUACGCUCGUCUACCUCCUAGGGCAAAGAAUUGUAGAAAAAAGAAGCGUGGCCAUAGCAACCAGUUGAGGGCGAAGAAGAUGCCACAGAAGGAUUAA